UCAGGAUGACGAGGAUGACUUCGCCGAGGAUGAGGAUGUUGAUGAAUGAACAGGGUGCACGUAUCCAGGAUUUUCUUGUUUCUAGAGAUGCAACACCUCAUCCCUCAUCCCUUAUCCCUUAUUCUUGAAUGCAACGAAGUGUGAUGAUUUCACGAAUCUUUAUCGCGAUGGAAGACCUUGUUCAGAUAGUUUUCUAUUUCAGAAUCUGCAAUGUGAAGAUGGCAACAUAUAUUCAGAAGAUUAGUAACGUUAGAAUAUCUAUACCGAGAUCUGAACUUGAGAGUGGAGAGAUGACGAUCCAUGAUGGAUCGCAUCACCAUCUCCAGCUUGAUACAAGGAAGCUGGAUCUAUCCAAGACAGAUUUUAGCGGGGAUUCGGAAUCAGAGACGGAGCGGAUCGUGUUCAACGAGAACCCGGUAGCAAAGUUUAUUGAGGUCGACGGAGUAGGGAAGGAUGAAAAUGAAGAGAUGUUUGCUCGGGAACUAGACGAAUUCGGAUCUAGCAAGGUGCGACCAUUUGAAUGCAACAUAUGUCACAAAAUGUUCACUCGAGUAGAAAUCUUGAGAAGACAUUUGAAAACCCACAUGAUAGAGAAGGAUUACAAAUGCACUUACUGUGGAAAAACCUUCGACCGGAGAGAUGUUUUAAACGAUCACAUGAGAAAUCAUACAGGGGAGAAACCCUUUCAGUGUACUAUUUGUCAUAAAAAAUUCACCCGAGGAUUUGUUCUGCUUCGUCACAUGAGAAUACACAACGAGGGUGGCUUCAAAUGCAAGUUUUGCUUAAAGACUUUCGAUCGGAAAGAUACAUUCCGAGAUCAUGUGAGAAAUCAUACCGGAGAGAAACCAUUUAAGUGUAGAUACUGUAAUAAAUCAUUCUCAAGAUCGUUUGUAUUGACGAAGCAUGAGAAAGGUCAUGAGAUGAAGGUGGAAGGAAUGGAAGAGGAAUCUGAUCUUCACAAGACUGAAACCAUACUGGUUGAGAGUUUAGAAUACGAAGACAAGGAUGUAAGCGAUGCAACAGAAAUGUUGCUGCAGAAAGAGUUUCAACAUGUAAGCGAGGAUGUAAUAGAGGAAUCAGCUGUUGAGCAGGAAAUUAUUGAAGACGAUGAAGAUUUUAGUUUUCCACAGUCUCAUGAUCUACACUCAGAUACUUUAGUGAAUGAAGCAGUGAAUGAGGAGGUUGUAGAGACUGAAGCUAUAACUCUUGCCACAGCUGACGGUCAAAUAGUUCGUGUUAUCAGCCGAGAACAGUACGAGAAAUUAGUGGAGGUGGCAAACAAGAGUAAAACCUAUAGAUGCGAAACUUGUAAUAGAACUUUCACUAACCAUAAUAUUUAUCAGGCACAUUUUAGUGAGCCCUGGGAGAACGGGGGUUGUAUCUCUCAGAAAUAGAAGAAGUUACCCUGGCGGCGCAGACUGGAACAAUCAUUCGAGGAUUUUCGCGGCAUCCGUGGAAAAUUCCAGAAAGAGUUCGGCCCGAGUCGUUGUCAACAGUCCUAGUGUUUUUAUAUAUAUUUGU